AUGGCUGAAUCGAGAGGCGAGCAAUUUUCUUUCCAAAAAACAGAAAAAGAAUCUUCCUUACAGUUUCCAGAAAACUUUUAUAUAGUUCAAUUCCACGACGGGCUAGCACUAGUCCCUAAUAACUGGUUGCAAGAAUCUGUUAAAAAGCAACAGGUUUGCUUCUAUCCAAAUUACGAUGCGAAAAAGAGGCUGAAUAAGGCAAUAAAAAAUAAAAAAAUACCGGAUUUAAGAAAUGUAAAAGCUGGCUGGGCAAUGUAUGAUGUUCUACGCUUUUUUGCUUCAGCAGAUACUUUUGAACGAGGCCAAGAAAAGUUAAGGAUGGCUGAAAAUAUAUCGGACAUAAAUACUGAAGAUGAAGAAAAUGUGAAACAAACACGUCAUGAUAGAGCUACUGCAAAAAAUUUUACGUCAUCUGAUAAUGAAUCUUCUGGUACAGAAGUGGAUUCAUUGUCUCCUUUACCAGACCCGAAGGAAUUUUCUGAAUCACAAAAAUUGUUUUAUUCGGAAAAGUCUGCACAGGUUUUAGCAACCUUUGAAAAUCCAAGCAUUGCACUCGAAAAAAUCAAAAUGAUUCCAAUUGAAAAGAAAAAACAGAGAAUUAUUGAUCAACAAGAAACAGAAAUGAUCACUACACAUAACAAGAAAGAGAUAGAAAAUAAAAAUCAAGAUUUUAACGAUAAAGAUGAUGUUUAUUCCAUUGACAAAAAGUUAACAAAUAAAAAUAAUGAAGAUCAAACUCAAAAAGUGUUGAAAGAAAUUUUAAAAAAAGUUAAUCGCCUCCUGAUUGAAGUAGCAUACAUUGAUAGAAGACUCAAUAGAAUGGAAAAUAAAAUAACAAAUCAAACCAUUAGAAAUCAAGAAAAUAAUAUAAAUGAAGAAGCUUUUACAUUUAACGCUAUUUCAUCUAUUAAUGAGCUGCAACUUUUUGAAGAAAAUUUAAAAAAUGAAGAGUUUUUCGUGAAAAUGCGCAAUGCUGAUUUCAUUAAAACUUCUGAUAGCUAUUAA